AGGCCAUUCGGCCCAUCAAGUCUACUCCGCCAUUCAAUCAUGACUGAUCUAUCUCUCCCUCUCAACCCCAUUCUCCUGCCUUCUCCCCAUAACCCAUGACAGCGAUACUAUUCUGUUCAGUCAGUACUGAUCAACGCAUCCAGUAAAAGGGGCUUCAAGUUCAAACCAAAGAGUAAACUAUUUUGCUGGAAUUCAGAAAUAAAAAUUGAAAAUACUGGAAAUGCACAUGAGAUCUAUCACCUGAAGAAAGAUGUUAUUUUUUUGAAUAAUAAUAGAAAUUAAAUCCAUCAAAUCAGAGUGAGCGGUUAAAUGAAAGAUAAGGUUAAUAGCACAACAAAAUAGAGGCAGCUAGUGUGUAAAAUAGUCGUAGUAAGUUGUUCUUAAAAUGUUACAUGAAAAAUGCUUUAUUCACAUAGCCAGCAUCUCAGAAAAGCAAAGGAAAGUCAAGGCACAAGAUUUGUAAAUAGUAUGGUGAAAUGUGAAAGAUGAACCAGAAGGAAAGCGCAGGAGACCACUAAAACCUGAAAGUAGGUGUUAAAGAUCAAGGGCUGACAGACAUCCAGCAGCAAACUAAGAUACGGUGUCUGCUGGAUUCCUGCCAGAUACCACUGGAUUAGAUCUACCAUCACUGUAAUGGGGAGCGAGCACCAAAUUGCUAUUCUAUCCCUCUGUCAUCACAUAAAUAAUAGAGGUUUGUACAAAGCACGUGCUCAACCACAACUAAUUAAAAUUCCUCAGGUUUAGCUCAUAUCAGAGAGACAAGGCACAGCAAUUCCUUGCUUGAACAAAAUAAAAUAAAACUCAGCCUGAAUUCUGUUAAUGAUCAAAUCUACACCUUAACAUAGUCUGUUAAUGGACAAAUCUACAUUGUGUUUGUGAAUCCUUUGAUUAAUUGAUCCUAUGCCUGUGUUGAUGCAUUUGGAUUGGGUAUGUAACCUCACUACAGCAAGGCUAGGGAGAAGACUUUCUAAAUAGAUCACUUUUCUAAAGUUAUUAUUUUUUUGAUUCCUAUUUUAUUUCCACAAAACAGGAAUCGAUAGAUGGUGUAGUUUGGAGGCUCUCCCCCUCCUUCAAACAAAUGGUGAAGUUAUAUCAGAAAUGCUUUAUUCCCAUGGCUAUCUUGUUGCAGAGGUUUUAUUAUUUAUGUGUAUCAUGAUAAGCAGGGAUAGGAAGGCAAUGAGAGCUGAAUAUCACAGUAACCUAGGAGAUGGUCACAUGCAUAGCUUUAAACCUCCUCUCCUAGUGAAUCACCAACAGUGAGAUUACUGAUUCACUUACUCUGCUUCCUUGAUGAGAAUCAACUUUGUGAAGCAAAAUGCUUUUUGUUACUGCACUCCCAGAGGUGUGAUUUGUGAGGAUAUUGCAAGUAAAUGAAGAUGGAAUGUAUUCAAUGAGAAAGAAUAUCGGUGUAAAGAAAAAAAACAAAAAACUUUUUUUUGGAUUUCAUAAGCAGUAAAAGGUAAAUUCUACAAUAAAUAGGUAUGUGAAUUGUUGUUUUAAUUGCUUGUUAAAUUCAUAUGAUUUAUAUUUACUCACAUAUUUACAUGAGAAAUAAUUAUGCCAAAGAACCAGCUGAGCAGAAUGAUUUGAAUGCAGAUAUCUCCUCGUCUAUAAACAAUUCUGCUCCCAGAUAGUUUGGCAGCAACUGGGCAUAUAGCAAUGACCAUUUAUUCCUACAUCUAACAGACGGUAAUAGCUAGAUGUUUUUACGUUGCCUAGAUCAUCAAAGUCAAUAACAACUGCAAAAUCUAUUAGAUAACAUCAUUUUAUUGCCUUGCUGCGAAUUAGUAUUCCCAUGAAUAUAAACUCUCGAUACUGACAAAAAUUGUGUUUAUUUUUUCCUGAAGUUUUUUUCUUCUGAAUUUUCAGGAACUUGUGGGAAGAUGUGAGCUUUAUUUUCAGUUGAAACAAAAAAAAGCAGGAAGAGCAAAUUAGUAUCAUCGUAUUUCUCUCCCAGAAUGUCCUGGCCUCGUAAGCAUUAUAAUUCUAUAUCCUGGAAAGUAACAGGAGGGAACUUUUGAUGUUCAUGUAUAAUAUUAAACAUAGGACAAAGGUACACAUGAGAAAUGUUUUCUUCAAAUAGGUAAGCAUUUUGUCUAUUUUUAUUUUCUCUUUUACAGUUAUGCCAAUGUUCGCUAACUAUUCUGGCUUAGUUAUACAGACAUCUAUUGGAACUGAAUUGGAACUGUCAAUGAUGUGACAAGUGAACACAUCAGACAAGCGAUGAUAAGAAUUUUUUUAUAUUAAAUGAGAGGAUCUGUACAUGCAAUAAGAGACACUGCAGUGAUUAUUAAAUCUUGGCAAAUUGCAAUGUACUCAGAAGAUGGAACACUGACAAUUGAAUAGCAACAACAGCAGGACUGAUGGAAUACUGGACAAUAUGUCUGAGGUGGUUCAGUUUAAAUUAUCUUCUCAUAUCAGUGAUGAAUUUUAAAGCAUCAAAAUAAGGUUGGAAUCAGCAUUAAAAGCAGCUUUCGUUCAACUCCAACAAAGAUUUCACUGAGCUAUUCACCUAUAAAGGGAGAGGUAUUAUAAUCACAUUGAAUGUGAUGCCCAACCUUCUGAAAAAGGUUUUUUUUUCCAUUGCUGCUGUUGUAAGUUUUAUAUCUGCAAUCCUGCUGACUGUGGCACUUGGGACAACGCGAUGGGUGACCGGUACCAUUCUGUGCAAAACAGGGGCUGAAAUUGUGAAUGCUACUGAUCCAGAGAUGGCAAAGUUCACAGGAUCCCUGCACUAUGGAUUAUUCCGGGGACGAAAAAUACGAAAAUGUGGUCUAGGAGGACGGGACUCUGAAAUCACAAUUUUUCCACAGUUGGUGAAAACGUUGAACACUGCUGUUCAUGUUUUGGUUGUACUAUUUAUCUGCCUGGCAAUUGCAUUUGCUAUGGUUAGUUUUGGAUUUUGUGUUUACAAUGCAGUGAAAAUCCCUUACCAAGCCAUGAAAGGAACUAUGGGCAUCUACCUCUGGAAUGUAUUUGCAAGUAUAUGCGGAGUGUCUGCAGUUGUUUGCUUUUUUGCCGCUGUGAAGCUUCAUCGCCACACAGAACGAAUUGCCAAUUUUCGUGAGCAAGUUUUCAAGUUUGUCAUACUUCAGGAAUACUUUGACUCUUCCUUCUGGAUUUGUGUGGCAAGCCCUGUGGUACAUGUAGUGAACAUGUUGGUGGUGCGCAUCGGUGGAAUACAAUUCCCCACCUUCAAGACCAAAACAGAGGAAGCAAAAGUCACACCUGAAGUCCUGAUGUACUAGCCAACCAACAUUGUUAUUAUUACCAUGCAGGAAGACAUUAUUGGAAACCUUACCUGUACUGGACAGCUACCAACAGCCACAUGCAUGUUGUUAUAUUUUGUGACGAAUAAUUCGUAGCUGGUAUAGAAAUGGUGUUAAUAUACAAUUUUAAACUAAUGUAUUUACAUUACAUGUAUUUGUUACUGAGGUACAGUAUUUCAAUAGAGCUGUAUACAAUUUAUCAUUACAUAAAUAUUUAAUAGCAGAGUACUUAUGUUCUUCACCCAAUUUUUGGCUUCAUGGAAGAGACAGGGGGUGAUGGUGAAAGGUGAUUUUUCAGGCAGGAGGCCUGCGACUAGUGGUGUGCCUCAGGGAUCAGUGCUGGACCCAUUGCUGUGUGUGAUUUUUAUCAACGAUUUGGAUGAGAAUGUAGAAGGCAUGAUUAGUAAGUUUGCAAAUGACGCUCAAAUGGCUGGUAUCGUAGAUAAUGAAGAUGGUUAUCAAAAAAUACAGCAAGAUCUUUUUGGAUGGGCAAGCGUGCUGAGGAGUGAUAAAUGGAGUUUAAUGCAGAUAUGUACGAGAGGUCAAACCAGGGCUGGACCUUCAUAGUGAAAGAUAGGGCUGUAGGGAGUGUUGCAGAGCAGAGGGAUCUGGGAGCACAGGUACAUAGUUCCUUGAAAGUGGUGUCGCAGGUAGAUAAUGUGGUCAAGGAGUCUUUGGUACAUUGGCCUUCAUCAGUCAGGGUACUGAAUACAGAAAUUGAGAUGUUAUGUCACAUAGAAACAUAGAAAUUAGGUGCAGGAGUAGGCCAUUCGGCCCCUCGAGCCUGCACCACCAUUCAAUAUGAUCAUGGCUGAUCAUCCAACUCAGUAUCCCGUACCUGCCUUCUCUCCAUACCCCCUGAUCCCCUUAGCCACAAGGGCCACAUCUAACUCCCUCUUAAAUAUAGCCAAUGAACUGGCCUCAACCACCCUCUGUGGCAGAGAGUUCCAGAGAUUCACCACUCUCUGUGUGAAAAAAGUUCUUCUCAUCUCGGUUUUAAAGGAUUUCCCCCUUAUCCUUAAGCUGUGACCCCUUGUCCUGGACUUCCCUAACAUCGGGAACAAUCUUCCUGCAUCUAGCCUGUCCAACCCCUUAAGAAUUUUGUAGUUUUUCUAUAAGAUCCCCUCUCAAUCUCCUAAAUUCUAGAGAGUAUAAACCAAGUCUAUCCAGUCUUUCUUCAUAAGACAGUCCUGACAUCCCAGGAAUCAGUGUGGUGAACCUUCUCUGCACUCCCUCUAUGGCAAUAAUGUCCUUCCUCAGAUUUGGAGACCAAAACUGUACGCAAUACUCCAGGUGUGGUCUCACCAAGACCCUGUACAACUGCAGUAGAACCUCCCUGCUCCUAUACUCAAAUCCUUUUGCAAUGAAAGCUGACAUACCAUUCGCUUUCUUUACUGCCUGCUGCACCUGCAUGCCUACCUUCAAUGACUGGUGUACCAUGACACCCAGGUCUCGCUGCAUCUCCCCCUUUCCCAAUCGGCCACCAUUUAGAUAAUAGUCUGCUUUCCCGUUUUUGCCACCAAAAUGGAUAACCUCACAUUUAUCCACAUUAUACUGCAUCUGCCAAACAUUUGCCCACUCACCCAGCCUAUCCAAGUCACCUUGCAGUCUCCUAGCAUCCUCCUCACAGCUAACACUGCCCCCAAGCUUAGUGUCAUCCGCAAACUUGGAGAUAUUGCCUUCAAUUCCUUCAUCCAGAUCAUUAAUAUAUAUUGUAAAUAGCUGGGGUCCCAGCACUGAGCCUUGCGGUACCCCACUAGUCACUGCCUGCCAUUGUGAAAAGGACCCGUUUACUCCUACUCUUUGCUUCCUGUUUGCCAGCCAGUUCUCUAUCCACAUCAAUACUGAACCCCCAAUGCCGUGUGCUUUAAGUUUGUAUACUAAUCUCUUAUGUGGGACCUUGUCGAAAGCCUUCUGGAAGUUCAGAUACACCACAUCCACUGGUUCUCCCCUAUCCACGCUACUAGUUACAUCCUCGAAAAAUUCUAUAAGAUUCGUCAGACAUGAUUUACCUUUCGUAAAUCCAUGCUGACUUUGUCCAAUGAUUUCACCACUUUCCAAAUGUGCUGCUAUCCCAUCUUUAAUAACUGACUCUAGCAGUUUCCCCACUACCGAUGUUAGACUAACUGGUCUGUAAUUCCCCGUUUUUCUCUCCCUCCCUUCUUAAAAAGUGGGGUUACGUUUGCUACCCGCCAAUCCUCAGGAACUACUCCAGAAUCUAAAGAGUUUUGAAAGAUUAUUACUAAUGCAUCCACUAUUUCUGGAGCUACUUCCUUAAGUACUCUGGGAUGCAGCCUAUCUGGCCCUGGGGUUUAUCGGCCUUUAAUCCAUUCAAUUUACCCAACACCACUUCCCGGCUAACCUGGAUUUCACUCAAUUCCUCCAACUCCUUUGACCCGCGGUCCCCUGCUAUUUCCGGCAAAUUAUUUAUGUCUUCCUAAUCAUCUUGUACAUAACAAUGUGUCAUGUGUAAGAUGUUGGUGAGGCCCCAUUUGAAGUAUAGUGUUCAGUUUUGGUCACCCUGCUAUAGGAAGGAUGUUGUUAAGCGAGAAAGAGUGCAGGGAACAUUUAUGAGUAUGUUACCAGGACUUGAGGAUCUGAGCUAUAGGGAAAGGUUGGCAGGCUAAGAUUUUAUUCCUCAGAGUGCAAGAGGCUGAGUGGUGAUCUUAUGGAAGUGUAUAAGAUCAUUGCAGAGUCUUUUACCCAGAGAAGGGAAAUCAAGAACCAGAGGACAUAGGUUUAAGGUGAGAGGGAAAAGAUUUAAUAGGAACUUGAGGGGCAACUUUUUCCACGAUGUGCAACGAUCUGCUAGAGGAGGUUGAAAGAUACUAUAACAACAUUUAAAAGACAUUUCGACAGAUACAUGGAUAGGAAAGAUAGAGAGGUUAUGGGCCUAACGUGGGUAGGUGGGACUAGUGUAGAUGGGGCAUCAUGUCCCACAGCCCUGUUUCCAUACUGUAUGACUCUAACUCAUUCAAAACCUUCAUUUACAUGUGUGGUACAUUGUUUUCAUGCAGCUGUGUACAGAGUUUGCUGAAUUCAGGUAACUGCAGGCUUUAAUAAAGAAAUGUUAAGAGUCUCAUGCAAAGUUUAGGAUUAUUACUGUUUCGUCGAGUUGGUAAUCGGCAAAUGUGUUUCAGGACAAAGUCCUAGCUAAAUAAAGUCUGUGCCAUUAUGAGUUGCAUUCUUUAUCAUUACAACUUAUCAAACUGUCCGAUAUAUGUACCGAACAAUUAAACAUUGCUUUCAUAAUUUGCAAAGGUCAGGCUCCAAUUGAGCCCCUAAAUAACAUCAAAUAAAACACAUUGGCUGUUUACACUCUGCUAGAGGCCAAAAAACAGUUAUUCAUUUGUAGUGCAGCCACUCAUUCAUGAUCAGCUUCUGGGUAUACAGUCACCAAAGUACAGAACUACAUAGGAAUUGUAGCCUCACCGAGAAUUUUAUCCAGGUAGACAAAAUUAAGUGACUGAGUCAUUAUAGGAUUUAAUAAAUUGAGGGCAGCUGUUUAAUUUAUUGAUUCAGCAUGGAGCAGUUCACUAUGGGAGAGAAACUGAGCUUUUCCUGUGCAAAGCUGAGGACACAAUUUCAUAACUGAUAAACUUGAUAUUGAACGACCUUAGACAAAU